AUGGGGAGAAAGAUGCUGAGCGAUAUCACAAAGAAAACAAAAGAGGCUUACACUAGACUCUGCGAAAUGCAGGACACCACGAUGAGAACUGCCUCAGAUCAGGCAGUUGAAGAGGAUAGGAAAGCAUAUGAGAGAUGGAGCCACCUCGCAUACAUAGAGGAAAAAUACCUCCGGCAGAAAGCAAAAUUAUUUUGGCUGAAAGCAGACGAUCAAAACACAAAAGCUUUCUACAAAGCUGUAAAAACCAGGGCAUUGAGGAACAAAAUCAAAUACACUCUCUGGGAAGUAGAGGACCUGGAGAGCUUUGUGGACUUUAGGUGUGCAGACGCAGACAAGCAGCUGCUCACUCACGAAGUAAGCACAGCUGAAAUUAGAAACGCCCUAUACUCUAUGCCAAGAGACAAAGCCCCAGGUCCCGACGGAUAUACGGUCGAGUUUUUCAAGGAAUCCUGGUCUAUAGUAGGACAAGACCUCUUAACCGCAGUACAAUCUUUUUUCAAGUUGGGGUUUCUACCAAAAGGUAUAAACUCAACUAUUUUGGCCCUGAUACCAAAGAAAAAGGAAGCACUCACUAUGAAGGACUAUAGACCAAUUUCUUGCUGCAAUGUCAUAUACAAACUGAUCUCAAAAAUCCUUGCAAACCGGUUAAAGAUCCUCCUCCCAAAGUUCAUUGCUCCUAACCAAUCAGCUUUUGUCAAGAAUAGACUGCUCAUGGAAAACCUCCUUCUAGCUACUGAGUUGGUAAAGGACUACCAUAAGGAAAACAUCUCUGCAAGAUGUGCUAUGAAGAUAGACAUCUCCAAAGCUUUUGACUCAGUGCAAUGGGAAUUCUUGCUCAAUACCCUGAGGGCUAUGGAUUUUCCGGCUGAAUUUGUGCACUGGAUACACCUUUGUAUCUCAUCUGCUUCUCUCUCAGUCCAAGUAAAUGGUGAGUUAGCUGGAUACUUUGGCAGCGCAAGAGGUCUAUGGCAGGGCUGCUCCCUCUCCCCCUAUCUGUUCGUGAUUUGUAUGAAUAUCUUAUCUAAACGUUUAGAUAAAGCAGCUCAGGAGAAUCUCGUCAGUUACCAUCCGGGAUGCAAAGAGCUCAAUGAUGUGUUGGUUGUGGUGUGUCGAGGGCAUUUGAUCAGGAGGACAUCUUUCUGGGCAGUAAAGGAUAAAACAACUUUAGGAUCUUGGAUCUGGAAAAAAGUGCUUAAGUACAGGGAUCUGGCAAAACGAUUUUAUGGAGUGAAAGUCCAGAAAGGUUACAGAGUCUCGUUCUGGUACGAAAAAUGGAGUGACUUAGGUUGCUUGUGGGACACGCUGGGUAAGAGAGCCUGUGUGGACUUUGGGAUUCCGAGUAAUGCUUCCCUCGAGAAUGUUCUCGAUGGUAAUAGAUCGCGAAGACAUCAAAACCGGUUUCUUCAGAUAGUAGAGGAGACCAUUCAGAUCGCUAUACAGCAAAGGAACAGAGACGAGGAAGAUGUUGCAUUGUGGAGAGGGAAAGGAGGUGACUAUAAACACAAGUUUAACACAAAAGAAACAGGGGAGGAACUGCGAGAACCUGGUGCAGAGUGGGAACCCUCACGAGGAAUCUGGUUUUCAGGGUCCACCCCGAAAUACUCUUUUAUUGCUUGGCUAACAGCGCUGAAUAGACUCUCCACAGGAUCUCGAAUGUUACAGUGGAACAUAUCGGCCCCUACAGGUUGUGUUUUCUGCGAUGAACCUCUUGAAAACAGAGAGUAUUUGUUCUUUUCAUGCCCAUACACGAAGCAAAUAUGGACAAAGCUGAUGAAAGGUAUUAUGGGGACUGAAUUCACAGAGCUUUGGACAGAGGUCAGCGACCGUGUGACUCGGCCGCCGUAUGAUGCCACAAGAACUUUCAUCCUUCGCUAUAUCUUCCAGGCAGCAAUCCAUGUCGUUUGGUGUGAGCGAAAUGCCAGAAGACAUGGAGAACCACACACCCCCCAGAACUUCUGA